UAGCAGUAGCCACCACUUUGAGUGAGUGGGCUUGUAGUGGUCGAGAGGUCGCGCCAUGGAGGCCGAGAACGCGGAGGUGGCGGUGCUGGUGGAGAAGAUGGCGGGCCUGCACGCGGCCAUCUCCAAGCUGCCGUCGCUGGACCCGUCCCCCGCCGUCGACGCGCUGUUCACCGAGCUCGUCGCGGCGUGCGUGCCGCCGAGCCCCGUCGACGUGGCCAGGCUCGGGCCGGGGCCGCGGCGGGUGCGGGAGGAGCUCAUCCGCCUCUGCUCCGACGCCGAGGGCCGCCUCGAGGCGCACUACGCCGACGCGCUCGCCGCGUUCGACAACCCGCUCGACCACCUCCACCGCUUCCCGUACUACGGCAACUACGUCAGCCUGGGCAGGCUGGAGUACGAGCUGGUCGCGCGCUACGCGGCGGCGGCGCCGGCGCGCGUCGCGUUCGUCGGGUCGGGCCCGCUGCCGUUCAGCUCGCUGGUGCUCGCGGCGCGGCACAUGCCGGAGGCGGUGUUCGACAACUACGACCUGGACGCCGCGGCCAACGCGCGGGCGAGGAGGCUGGUGCGCGCGGACGCCGACGUCGGCGCGCGCAUGUCGUUCCGCACCGCCGACGUCGCCGACCUGGGCGCCGAGCUCGGGGCCUACGACGUCAUCUUCCUCGCGGCGCUCGUCGGCGUGGCGGCGGAGGAGAAGGCCAGGAUCAUCGCCCACCUCGGCAGGCACAUGGCCGACGGGGCGGCGCUCGUCGUGCGCAGCGCCCACGGCGCGCGCGGGUUCCUCUACCCGAUCGUCGACCCCGCCGACGUCGCGCGCGGCGGGUUCGACGUGCUGGCCGUGUACCACCCGGACGACGAGGUGAUCAACUCCGUCAUCGUCGCGCGCAGGGCGGCGUCGAGCACCGGCCGCACCACCGUCCCAGGAGGCGCGCUGCCGGUGGUCAGCCCGCCGUGCAGGUGCUGCGACAUGGCGACGCGCGUGCUGCCGGAGAAGAGGAUGGACAUGGUCGCCGCCGCCGAGGAGCUGUCCUUCUGACGCGACGAAGCUUACGGCCACGGCUAUGUAACCCCUGCGUGGCUUGCUUAUUCAACGCGCGCCCGUUAUGUAACGCUUCAAGUGUAUUAGUGUAUUACUGCCUACAAUAAAUGGAAUU